AUGCAGAACUUGUUUGUACAUCAAUCAACAGUUGUCUCAAAUUUCAUGGCAUCCCGUGAGUUGAACAUGGAAGAUGAAGCUAAUCGUUUGAGUACAUUUGGAAAUCGGCCUAACCCUCAUGUCCAGCCCAAUGAUCUCACAGCUUGUGGCUUUUUCUACUCCGAUGUUUGUGAUUUAGUAAAACGCUUUAAACGUGGUGUAGAAGUUGGCGGAAAUGAUGAUACAACAUUGUGCUUCCAUUGUGGAAAAGAUGUAUGUGAAUGGACAUCAAAUGACGAUCCUUGGGUUGAGCAUGCCCUAUUUUCACCUAAGUGCUCAUAUGUUCUUCUUAACAAAGGCAUAGGUUUUGUAGAUAAUGUAUUUAAAAUGAGAGGAAGUCCAAAGUCUAAAAAAGACUUGAAACUAUUGCAACUUCCUGAAAGACUAAAAGGGAUGAUUGAUAUCAGAGAUCAUGCUGACCUACAUUCAAGGUCUGCAAGGAAAUCAGAAGCAACUAAAGGUCCUUUCAACCAAAAGGCACAUGGAUCUGGAGAACCAGUUAGAUCUGUUCUUCUAAUUUUUGAUCACACUUUCCUUAAAGUUUCUUGAAUACUAAUAGCACUACUUAAUUUAUUAUUGCCUUCUUAAAUAUUUCCACUGGCAGAGUCAUAGUAUUUUUUUUCUUAUUUCUCCUCAUUGAUCUACCUGUUUUGCACAACUUCGAACAUUGUAUUUUGACCUGCGUUUCUUUCAUAUUUUUAUUUUAAUUUUCUAAUUCGGUAUUCGAUCUGUAUUCCUGUAAUAUAGCAUUUGCAUUUAAUUUAAAAGCAACCCAUAUUUGCAAUGUGUCAUAUGCGCAUUUGUUUUAUUACAUGCUACAUUUUUCAACUUA